ACAUUUUUCCUAUUUCUCUCCCAAACCAAAUAACAAACAAAACCCUAAAAAAAAAAAAAAUCAUCUCUUCCGAUUCAGUUUCGCCUUCGACGACGACAAAAUAAAACUGUACAUCGAUCUCCAAAAUCAAAAGCAAAUCUUCUUCUCUACACAACAGGUGUUGUAUUGAUGUUCUUUGCAGAGAUGUCUCCAGCAACUAAGUCUAAGUCAAAGGAUAAAAAAACUGGGAAAGAAGCAGCUCACAAGGCAUCACCAAAGCAGCCUUCGCCUUCGCUUAAUGGGAAUACCAGUAGUAUGGCAGCUAAUGCUUAUAAUCCUCUUCUAGGAACAUUUCAGGUUCUUGAUUCUGUCUCCGUUGCUUCUUCUGACCCACCACUUCAGUAUGGUCGUUUCCGCAGUAUAGACCACGAGGCGGCUGAUGUGAAUAAUGGGGUUGAGUCUGAUUCUGUUUCCAACAACGGUAGCUGCUCGGGCGACUCCGAAGAUCACAAGGAGAAGUUCACAACCAAUCUUCCCCUCAAGCAGGAGGUGAUACCAGGUGCUGACAAUGACAAGCGUGAGAAAGUUCGCCAAAAGAAUGAGAGAAAACAUCAACGCCAGAAGGAGAGGAGGGCUCUGGAUUUGUAUGACAAGUGUACCACGUAUCUCAUGUCCAGAAAACUCGAAGCCCUUACACAGCAGCUUGUCGCUAUGGGACUAUCUCAAGAGCAUGCUACUACGGCAUUGAUGAUGAAUGAUGGCAAAGUUGAGGAAUCUGUUCAUUGGUAUUUUGACAGGGGCGAGGAAGAAAUUCAGAAGCAAAUCAUUAAGACUCCUGCGAAUUUGAAAAUAGACAUUACAGACGAACUAGCUAGGAUUACACAAAUGGAGCUACAACUUAAUUGUACAAGGCAGGAAAUAGAGCGUGCAGUUGUUCAAGCAGAGGGUGAUUUGGACAGAGCAGUGCAAGUCAUGAAAGGCACAAGAUAUGAUGAGUUUUCAGUGCCAGUGAAACAAGAAGAAUCUGGUGAUCCUCUUACACCCACUAAUGGUAAACAUACAGUAGGAAUAGGUUAUCAGAAUUCAGAUGCAGAAAGGCUAGAAACACAAACUCUUCCAUCACCUGGUUUACAGCCACCAAGAGAUGACAAGAGCUUUAACUAUACAAGAUCACCCUCCACAACAGAGUUAGUGAACAAAAUGUUGGCUCAGCCUAUGAAACGAUCUGAACUGAAGUUAGAGUGGCCAAAACCUCAGCAAUCUGCUGCUUUGGCUGAUAAAAGGUGGCCAAAUACAGGACAGGUUCCUUCGUCUUCUUACUCUUUCCCAUCAUCGCCAUCCCCGUCACCUCAGCUUGCUUCGAGGGUUGAAGCUCGCUAUUUAGCUAGUGGAAAUGAAUUUAAGAACCUCCAGCAGCAGCAGGCAGCAAAUAGAGAAUCAGUCAUGACAAUGAGGCAGCGGCCACAAGUUGUAAGCACAAAUCCCAUUCCAACCUCAAGCAUGAGCGCACCCCCUACCAGUUGGCAUCCUGCGGCCAACAUAGAGAUAAUGAAGUCAAAUGGGUUCAUACAAACACAUAAUAUCCCUAGUGCGCGAAGCCCUAGUCCAAACAAUCUGAAUCCAAAUAAGAUCUACCAGCAACUUCAAUAUCAAAACCAGAAGCGAUUCAGUAACACCAACCAAGUGGAUCCACACGCUAGCAUGGCCAGAGGGAAUGGCGGGUUAUGGACUAGAAACACUGCAUCAUCGCCAUCUAUAUCUGCUGCAUCGUCGUUGGGAUUGUUCUCUGCCGUUGGUUCAGCGGGAACAUCAGGUGCAUCCUCACCAGUAGAUUGGAUCUCUGGCGGCGGUUCAGUGGACUACACAAGCAUAGACUGGAGUCUAGAUCAAGGUUUAUCCCAAAAUAGUAGAGUCAAUGGAAACUGGUCCGGGUUAAAAAGCAGCAGCCACACUUAUGAUGCCAACAUGAACCGGUAUUGUCUAAAUGGUUCCAUGGGAGGUAGAGUUAACAGCAGCAACGGUGUAUCUAUGGAGAAUGCGGGUGUUGGUGUUGUCGUGGAAACACAACAAGCAGCUACCUCUCAAGACUGGACUUCACCAUUUGAAGGAAAAGAUAUAUUUGGCUUGUCUAGAAAAUAUGUGCCUCCAUCUCUGUAAGAGAAGAGGGGGUUACAUAUGGACAUGAAAGUAAUAAAACAAGAAAAAGAAAAAAAAAGACAGAAAAUGGUUUCAUGAAUUAUGUGUGGUUGCUUCUCCCUUUGAUUAUCAUUCGUGAAUAUGUCUUAUUUUUCUUAUUUUUAACUUAUAUUUAAAGCAUCUUCUCCUCUA